AUGUCGAAUGCAUUGCUUGAUAUCUAUACGGGUUAUGAACAUGCUAAGAAUAUUUGGGAUGCGUUAAAUAGGAAGUAUGGAUCUGAUGAUGCUGAUCAAAUUCAUGCUUAUGAGAAUGUAUGCAUUGCUAUGGAUGCUAAAGGGCUUUGCAUCUGUGAUAUUACUUUUGCUAUUGUGUUGAUUGAGAAAUUGCCCCCCUCAUGGAAGGAUUUCCGUAAUCAGUUAAUGCACAAAAGGAAAGAGCUUACCUUAGAAGAGCUUGUAGGUCACCUGAAAAUCGAGGAGGAGAUCCGUAUUAAGGAUAAGGGUAAUUCUGUGUUUUCUAGUUCCGCUAAGGCUAACCUUAUCGUUGGUACUGGAGCAACGAGACACAUCUGCAGCAACAAAAACAUGUUCACUACCUACAAAAAAAUUGAUGGUGAAAAUAUCUUCAUGGGUAAUUCAUCUUCUUCAACUGUCAAAGGAAAGGGUUUUGGUCAUGGGGUUUUAUUUACUCUUGGUGUCAAACUUGAAAUUAUGAAUAAGAAUGCUAGUGCUUCUUCUGCCAAGUUUGUAAAGAAGUCAUUUAAAUCAAUAGAUAGACAAGCUGAAGUACCAGAGCUUGUUCAAAGAGACUUGCGGUUAAAAGAUGAAGCUGAAGAAAUGUUUUUCAAAUACAAGGCAGAAGUAGAAAACCAACUUGAUAGGAAUAUCAAGAGACUUAGUAGUGAUAGGGGUGGUGGUAACAUCAUUGAGGCAAGAGAUGCCGAGUUUUUCUAA